CUAUUUAGUUCUACUUCCUGUACGCAUGCUUGCAAAUGGCGGAAAGUUUGCCUGCUGGUUGGGAAGCUAAAACGAGCCGAUCUACAGGUCGUACAUACUACCUAAACGUCCAUACCAAAGAGAGUAUUUGGGAAAAGCCCACAAGGCCAGCAGAAAAGGGCAUGGAUCAAGUACGCUGCUCUCAUCUUCUAGUCAAGCACAGACAGUCCAGGAGACCAUCAUCUUGGAGAGAAGAUAACAUCACCAGAACCAAGGAUGAGGCACUGGACAUACUGAAGGGUUACAGGGACAAAAUCGUAUCUGGGGAAGCCAGCUUUGAGCAGCUAGCCAGUCAGUUCAGUGACUGCAGCUCAGCAAAGAAAGGGGGAGACUUGGGACUGUUUGGCCGUGGGCAGAUGCAAAAGCCGUUCGAGGAGGCUGGAUUUAGUUUGAAAGUUGGUGAGCUCAGUGAGCCUGUCUGGACUGACUCGGGUGUGCAUAUCAUUCUGAGAACUGGUUAAGGUUCCAAGUAAACUUUAAGUUUUGGAAGUGAAGCGGAACUUUAUGUAGGAAAUUCCUGGUUAAGUUUGGUGAAAGUUCUUGUAGCUGAUGUCAAAGAUGUACAUGAGGUGAAAUUCUGGAAAGAAAAGAACAUUUUUUUUUUACUGGUGUCACUUUUUUCUCUCAAAAACGCAAUCUUUUGAAAUCAUGAACUUAAUGAUUUUAAGAAGAGUAUUUUGCUUGGCUUAUGAAUAUGUUUUGUAUUAAAUUUUGAGAGAAACAUAAUGUACUAAUUUAGCUGAUAUUGCAAAAUUCAAGGAUUUUUAUAUCUUUUUUGUUACUUCUAUAUGCUACAAGCAUGCAAAGCUAGAUAUGGCUAGGCUAAUACUAAAAUAAUGUCACAAGGCAUUCGUUUCUACUAGUUCUUACAAAUGUAAUUUAUGAACAGUUGUUGGGACAAAAAAAUAAUUGCAAUUUCUAACAGAAAAAUCAUGAUGUGGAUAUUUCAAUUCUUGUUUCUUAUAGUUGUGGUUUUACACAUUCUCUGUGGAAUAAUUCAUUCAGUUUAAGAGAAAUAGAAUUCUUCAAGGUAAAAUAACUUAUAAGUCUGGUCAGAAGAAUAUGUGUAAUAUAAAAGAUUCCAUGGAGCUGUUACAAGCUCAGUAACUGUCUUUCUUCUGUGUGAGAUUAUCCACUGGACCAACAUUAUGUGCAGUAUGUAUGUCAUGUGAUGGGAAUGGUUAUCUAUUUAGAGUUGUGCAUACAGAUAUAUGUGCAAAUAAAAUUAACUGCCAUAUCCUUUUUGUUUA